AUGCAAAGUUUUAAGAGAUUAUUUCCUAAGACGACUUCAAUCAUUGGAAUGAUUCAUGUCGAUCCAUUACCAGGAACACCGCAAUAUGAGUCGAAAGCUCUUGCUGUUGCAAAAGCAACCAGCAGUGACUUUAUAAGAAAUGAAGGAUUUAUCUUCAGUCAUAUUGGCGAUGAAGGUUUUAUAGAUUCAAAUGCUGGAGAACUUUUACGUUACAGAAAGAUGAUUGAUGCUGACAAUAUAAUGAUUUUCAAUGACAUCAAGAAGAAACAUAGUUCGCAUGCAAUUACUUCGGACAUUUCACUUCUCGACACUGCCAAUGCCGCAAUGUUUUUUAAUGCCGAUGGAAUUAUUCUAACCGGGAAAUCAACAGGCGACUCAACAGACGUGAACGAAUUGAAAUUGAUUCAUAAGCAACAGCAAGAAGGAAAAUUGAAGCUUCCGAUUCUCGUUGGUUCCGGAGUAACGAAAAAAAAUUUACAUAAUUAUGAUUUGCUGACGCUCUGA